GGGCGGGGGUGUUCAGCCGGUGUCUCCUCUCUGCUGCAGCGGCCAUGCUGCUGCUGCUCCCCGCCGCCUUUCUCCGCGCAUCCCGCUCCUCCGCGGCCGGAGCACGCCGCCGCUGCAGCGUCGCAGAAACCCGGGUUAACUCAGCGGCACGGUCCCGAGAGCCCCGGCGGUAGCGAGUUCGACACAGUCCGGAUCCAAACACGGAACCGGGGGGAGGAAGAGGAGAAAGGCUCCUUAGCAACAGACCGGUUUCACGGCAUUAUUGGGACGGCGGGAACGCCGAGGACCCUGGGAGAUUAAACUGCGGGCAAGACGGAACGACCCAAAACGGUCCRGAUCAGUAGGAUUACGGUCCAUUGACUUUGAGCCGGUUUGCCACUCAACAAUGCCUUUCACUGGCAGGCAGACAGCUGAGGUUAUGGUAGGGUUACUGAGACUGCAGUAAAGUCACUGCAGGGCUGAGCUGAACAAUGAUGGUCACAGAUAGAUUAACUCGCCUCAGGAGAGAUAAAAUACUUCCAAAGACCUGGUUCUGACAGAGCUGGAUGUCUCUGGACUGGAGCACCAAUCAAUCAUUCUUUGUUUCUUCCUGAAAAGAAAGCAUUUUGAAACCAUUUGUAUACCUCAGUAUAAAGGUAUUCCUUAAACACCGKCGUAAUUAUAUUUAAAUUGAACCUUGAAGAGGCUUCAAUGGACUACAAUCARUUMAUCAUAUAGGGUCAGAGUCCACAACUGGAGCUUUCAAGGACUUUAGGUGAACUUUGAAUGGAUCGAUUAUUYGUUGGUACUAAACUCUUUACUAGUAUGUGGACCCCUUGAACACCAACCCGAGUUCCUCUUCAGCUGGUUCUGGACUCCACAACCAGGUCUAAACUGGAAUGUGAGUCCUCCCUUCAACAAACCCUUCUGAAAGAUACCGGACCUCCGUUCAACAUGUCUCUGAGUAAGACCCUCGAGUUGGAGCACUUCGACGAACGAAACAAGGUUCGCAGAGGACGAACCCCCCGAGCUAAGAGGGAUGACUCCACCGGCAGCGGUGGGGGGUCCGGUCCCAGUUCCAGGGGCAGCAGCCUUGUUCCCAGUCCUGCUCACAGCGCCAACUGCAGCUACUACCGGACCAGGACCCUGCAGGCCCUCACCUCCGAGAGACGGGCCAAAAAGGUCCGGUUUUAUCGUAACGGGGAUCGGUACUUUAAGGGCCUGGUCUAUGCAGUCUCCAGUGACCGGUUCCGGUCCUACGAUGCCCUGCUGAUGGAGCUCACCAAGUCUCUAGCAGACAACCUACAUCUGCCACAAGGGGUUCGUACCAUCUACACUAUAGAUGGCAGCAAGAAGAUCACCAGUAUGGAUGAGCUGGUAGAAGGUGAAUGCUAUGUUUGUGCCUCCAACGAGCCCUACCGGAAAGUGGACUACACCAAGAUCUCCGUGCCCAGCUGGAAGCCCGGCGCCAGCACCGGGGCCGCCACCUCCAGCUCCAGCAGGACCUCGACGACCUCCACCGGCGUGUCCACGAGCACUGCCCCCAUUCUGAAGGACCGCCCCGAGGGGCGGGAGGGCAGGGAGAGCAAAGACUUCAUCAAACCCAAGCUGGUGACGGUGAUCCGCAGUGGCGUGAAGCCCCGCAAGGCCGUGAGGAUCCUGCUGAACAAGAAGACGGCUCACUCCUUCGACCAGGUGCUGGCCGACAUCACGGAGGCCAUCAAGCUGGACUCUGGARCCGUGAAAAGGCUCUACACGCUGGAUGGGAAACAGCUGACCUGUCUGCAGGACUUCUUCGGGGAUGAUGACGUGUUCAUGGCGUGUGGACCGGAGAAGUUUCGUUACGCUCAGGACGACUUCGUGCUCACACACGCCGGCAAAUCUCAGGCCUUUGUGAAYGAGUGCCGGACCAAAGUGUCUCGCUCCGCUGCUCCUCAGAGAACUCCUAAAACUCCGAGCGGAUCCAGUUUCUCCUCGUCCAGGACUCCCCCUAAAGGCCCGACCAGAACCAAGUCACCUGCUCCAGCUAAUGAGGCCUCAGGCUCGCAGUCUGCUGGGAAGUCCGCCAGAACCAGUCCGUCCCCCACCAGUCCUGGUCCCCGACGGAACCACAAGAUUUCUCCUCGCCGCUCCUCCUCCACCGACGUCAACGGAGAAGCCGAACAGACGGAUGACGCAGAAGAAGUGAACGGAAACCGAUCUGUUUCUUCCUCCAUCAUCAACGAGAAAUACAAAGUAGGAAAAGUGAUCGGAGACGGAAACUUCGCUGUGGUGAAGGAGUGUGUGGAGAGGUUGACAGGACAGGAGUACGCCCUGAAGAUCAUCGAUAAAGCUCGCUGCUGCGGGAAGGAGCACCUGAUAGAAAACGAGGUGGCGGUCCUGAGGAGGGUUCGCCAUCCGAGCAUCAUCCAGCUGAUCGAGGUGGACGAAACGCCCACGCAGCUCUUCCUGGUCAUGGAGCUCGUUAAGGGCGGCGACCUGUUCGACGCCAUCACUUCCUCCACCAAGUACAGCGAGCGCGACGCCAGCGCCAUGGUGUUCAACCUGGCCGGAGCCAUCAAGUACCUGCACCGCAUGAACAUCGUCCACAGAGACAUCAAACCUGAGAACCUGCUGGUGUGUGAGUAUCCAGACGGCACCAAGUCUCUGAAGCUGGGGGACUUUGGUUUGGCGACGGUGGUGGACGGGCCGCUCUACACCGUGUGUGGCACGCCGACGUACGUCGCCCCCGAGAUCAUCGCCGAGACCGGUUAUGGACUGAAGGUGGACAUCUGGGCAGCAGGAGUGAUCACCUACAUCCUGCUGUGUGGAUUUCCUCCUUUCAGAAG